AUGCCGGGUCCGUGGAUCAGUGCGGCCACGGACCCCGAUGGUUGGGACUCCAUCGCCCUCACGGAGGGCGACUACGUCGAAUUCCAGGCCUACGACUCCAGCCACUGCCGCCAAGGGAAUGUGCUCGCUCGCAUAGAUAAGCUGAGUGACCGAACCAAGGACGGCCUGUGGGCCGAGGCAACUUUUGUUGCCGUGAGCGACGAGCACCUCCAGUGGUGGCUGGACAAGGGCGACGGCCGGAACGACGCUUGGCAAUUCGAAAUUCACUUUUGUCGGAGCUCACAGCGAGCGUGCCGCCAGAGCCGACGAGGACGGGGUCGGGAUUUCCACACAGACAGGUUCCGUCUCCUGACCUACGGCGACUUGACUGGAAAGAAGGUUGAUUGGCUCAAGACGAGCCCUUCGAAGAAAUAUGUGGAGGAAGAGCUGCAGAGGCUCGCCAAUCUCCCCACGGGGAAGGACAAGGGUGGCAAUGGUGCAGCUGGAGCCGGGCUGGGGUUCGGCGAGGCUCUUCUUCCUCAGCCAGAUCCCUCGGAGGGGGACGAGGCCCUGAAGGGGCUAGCGGACCUUGAGAAAGAAAUUGGUCAGGGAAAGCCUGGCCGAAGGAAGGGGGCAGAAAAGUGUAAGGGCUUACCCCCCAAGGGGGAGGCUGCCGACAGAGAGGACACCGAGGUCAAGAAGAAGAAGAAGAAAAAGAGGAAGAGAGACGAGGCCGCUGCCGCCCAAGGGCGAGCUCAGAGCGCUCCAGCCCGAGCCGGCAGAGGAGAAUGGUUUGGGCAGCCAGCCCGGGAUCCAGAGGAGAUCAAGAGCAGCAGUUCGGUAACGAGCCGAAGCACCACGUCAGAUGACAAGAAGAAGAAAAAGAAGAAGAAGAAGAAGAAGGCGAAGACCAAGACCGCCAAAGACAGAGGCCCUUUUGGAGUUGGGGCCAAGUUGGACUAUGGCACUGUCAGCCCUGAGUCUGGUGAGUCUUCCGAUGACAGCCAGCUUUUUCGGGAGGGCCCCUCGUCCGGAGGAACCAGCCUGCAGCUUCAACUGCAGGAGUACGCCCUGAAGCGUCCGGGGCGCCUGGCUUCCAGACUUCUGCAAAAGAUGCAGGUGAUGGUCGCGAAGGAGGGGGGGCCGAUGACAACCGCCGCACGCGGCAGCAGGACACCGCCGGUCGCAACAAACUGGAUGCUCACGCUGAUGAUGACAAAGCAGCCGGUGAUGAGGCUGGCCCGCGAGAUGCGCACUCUGGCCAUGGCCCUCGACGAGAUCGCAGCAGGACGCUACCAGUACGCGGCCGACGUCAUAGCCCAGCGCCUGAAGGCGCUGGAGCUCUUUCAGAACGACGGGUCGUGGAACCGCGCCCAGUAUCUGGAGCUCCUGGAUGCGGAGGGGCCGAGCCUGCUGGGGCGAGACGAGGCGGUGAUGGCCUCCAAGGAAUGGGCAGGAGAGUUAAGGAUGAGGAAGCUUCAGUCGAAAGGGGGCGGCAAGGCAGAGCAGCGAGGAGACCCGAAGGGCCCGGACAAGGGGGAUCCAAAAGGAGGGAAGGAUUCCAAGAAAGGGAAACCGGGCAAGGGCAAGGGGGCAAAGGCUGAGGCCGGUGAGGAGCAAGAGCGAGCCACAGCCUUUUUGGGACCCCUUGCCGAGCUGGGAAACUUUGCCAGGGAGUACGCCAAUCCGAUACACCCUGGGCUUGUGGUCGAAGGGCUGGAGGGCAUCACGACUGCAAACCUCCACUGGGUCCGCUUCAUUGUAUUGUGCCUCGACUUUGUCUACUGCGCCGGCUGGUCCAGGCCAGUCUGUGUCCCGAUGGGUGCCACACUCUACCAGAACCAGAAGGUGGCCAUCAAGAGGGUGGCUUCCCAGGUGGACCGCCUGAUUGCACGUUCUGAGCGGCUGUUGUCAAGCAGCCAGGCUCUCAAGAAGCUGCGGUCGAAAACCUUUGACUACAACGGCCACCCGGUUGACCAUAUGCAGGACCUAAGCUUCUCAAAGGUCAUCAAGGCAUGGCCCCGGCAAGGAACGGCUGCUGUGGUGGACUUGAAGGACUGCCUCCCCGAGGAGCUCCAGGAGGCGCUCGACCACCCGGAGGAUUACCUUCUUCCUGAGGCCGAGCUUCCCGAGCGGCAUAGGGGGUCUCGGGUGCGCGCAUCUGAAGAGGAAUGGUUUAAGAUUGUGAAGUCCGGUUACGACCGAGGAAUGUUCGUGGCAGUGAGCGAUUCUGAUGUUCCCGUUGAUAAGCGGGGGCACCUCAUCACAAAUGGUGCCGGGGGCGUGGCAAAGGUGAAGCAUGAAGGUGGGCAGGUGAUUGAGGCACAGCGCUUCAUUUCGAUCCUCUGCCCUACCAAUGACUCCAUGCGCCUUUUGCCGGGCGCUCAGGAUCAGCUGCCCUACAUCGGGCAGCUCACGGCAAUCUUGGCCGAUAAGGACUCUUAUUUGGUCCUGGAUUCGGAGGACCUCCAGUCGGCGUUCAAUCUCUUCCGGAUGCCGCUCCAAUGGGCACCCUUCUUCAGUUUCGCCCAAAAGGUCCGGGGAGACGCUCUUGGAGGGUCGCGGCAUGAAAAACUGCGACCUGCCCUCCGUGUCGUGCCAAUGGGGUGGACCUCGGCUGUUACUCUGGUCCAGGCCGCCAUACGGCACAUCGCAUACAAGAUUGCGAAGAUUCCUCCCCACGGGGAUGUAACCAUGGACCAGGCUUUGCCCUUGAGCUCCUCGAUGACCGUCCUCUACCUUGACAACUUUGAUGAAAUCCGUCACCUGAAGAAAGAGAUAGCGGUAGAGGAGUCGGGGCAGCCCUCGCCAAACCAUGUGAAGUUUAUCGAGGCUUGCGAGGCCCUUGGCUUGCCACGGAAUCAGGCGAAGCAGCUCUCAGGAGCUCUCAGCGGAACCCUCCAAGGAGGAGAGAUAUUGGGAAGAGAAAAGAUCAUCCGGCAUGCAUAUGAGAGGACGGUGGAGCUUAUCAGCUUGGGCCUCGCCUUGCUCUCCCAACAGACUCUGCCGGAACACGGUCUGAGGCACUGGGCCGGGAAGGCAGCCUUCGCUGCGGCGUUUCGGCGCCCCCUGUACUCGGUGCUGCAGGAGGUCUAUGGUGCGCUGGAAGUGCCACGGGGCGGGGCGGACCUCACACUCCCCCUGCCGGUCAUCGACGAGGUGAUGCUUUUCACCGGGCUUCUCCCGCUGGCGGAGACCGACCUUUCGUCUGAGCUCUCAGGGGAGAUAAGCUGCACCGAUGCGUCGCCGACCGGGGGCGGAAGUUCCGUGGCAACUUCCUUCAAGGAUAAGGCCCUUAUCCUGCCCGACCCGGUCGAGGACCUCAACUUUUGCGGCAACUGCCACAAGGAGCUCUCCGAACCUGUGGAAUGUGCUCCCUUCGGUGUGCGAGAGCCCACCAAGAGACGUGCUCAAGGCGACCAAUGGGACUUCAGGACCGAUGAGGGGAAGGAGCGCCUGGAGGAGGCCGAGCUCGAUGGCGAUCUCAUGUGGUCCCAUUGGUCACCAACAAGGGUGAGCUUCUCUAAGUGGAGAGGACAGGGCCAUUGGGAUCACAACGGACGUUGGGAUUAUGGCCUCCCUCGCCUUCGGGACCGAGAACAUCCAGAGGGCCUUCCCAGGUUACGUCAGCAUGAGAAUGUCACCGUGAGGCAGGCCAAUGCGAUUGCGAAGCGGGCCCUAAGAGGCCUUGUUGAGGCCAAGCGCCGUGGGCGUUUCGCCUCGUUGGAGCAUCCCUACGAUUCCUUUUUGUGGGACCUGCCCGAGGCCAGAGCUCUCUACGGAGAAGGUUGGCACUGGAGUGUGUUUUCGUGCUGCUGCUUUGGUGGCACAAAGGAAAGAUGGCUGGGAAUGCUGCACAAUUCGGCAUCGGUCCAUGCCGUCCUCAACCAGCCAACGUGCACCUGUGUUCAAAAGCGACCCCAAGUCGGGUUUGAAGAGGACGAGGGUGAAGACGAGGAGUACCCCUGGCACCUGUGUCUCACCAUGGCAGAAGGAGCUCGUCUGUACACAGAGCCUUUUGGGGCUCGCCCCCUCUCGCUGGAUGGUCUCAUCAAGCAUCAGCUGCAGGGGGCCACUCGAGGCUUGCAGCAGCAAGCUGCAGUGGACUGGGCAGUCCACCAGUGCCUCACCUUCCUCGAGACCAUGGACACAGGCCAGGAAAAGGAGCACCUCGCGUGGCUGCUUCGCCACACCUACCACACAGGCUGCGACGUCAGGUUGACAGACAGGGGAGGGGACGUGACUGGGAACCGCCCCGGGCCGUACCCGGCCUUCCGAUGGCACUGGCGAGACGUCCUGUCAUACCGCUGGAAAGAAGAGCAGCACAUCAACGUGCUGGAGAUGACGGCUUUCCUCACAGAGCUGAGGCGAAGGGCGCGCAAUGCAGAUGAGCUUGGGAAGAGGUUCUUCUGCAUCAUCGACUCCCGCGUCUCCUUCUACGUGCUGGGAAAGGGAAGGUCGUCUUCGAAAAGAUUGAACAGAGUGAGCCGCCGCAUUGCCACCUGUGGACCAUCAGCAAAUGAAAUUUUUCCGAUGGUGCGUCAAGGAAAUACGAGCCGAAAUGAUCAUCUUCGGUUCCUGGGGAUCACUGCAAAAACCAGACGCUCUUACGAAACGGCUGUGGCGGCCUUCUUUGCUUAUGUUCGCGCCCUACGGGGCAGGCUUCCUGCGACCAUGCAGGCUCUUGAUGAUGAGUUGUCAGAAUACAUAAAUCAUCUUUAUCAAGAGGGAGACACGCUGACUCAAGCGGGAUGGACGGUGAGCGGCUUGAAACGCUUCUACCCCCGCUGCCGGCCACAUCUCCUCACCUCACAGGUGUUUCUUCGAAAUUGGCAAAGAGUGCAUCUUCCCAAACGCACUACGCCAAUGACCUGGCUCGGGGCAAAAGCCAUGGCGGCAGCGGCGCUUCAGGUUGGCCGCCCCGAUCUGUCGUUGAUCAUCUUUUUGGGGUUCGCUUUCUUUCUUCGCACUAUGGAGGUCCUUGCCCUGCAGUCUUCUCAUGUGAGACUUUUUCCUGAAGAUGGAACGGUGAUCAUUGCCAUCGUCUCCUCGAAAACUUCCCGGGGGCUUCAACAAUCUUUGUCCCUUCGGGAACCCGGCCUGGUCGCGGUUCUCCAAUUUCUCUUUGACCGGGCACGCCCGAGUGGUCCCCUGUACCAAUUUUCAGUGGCCGCCUUUAGGCGGGAAUUUUCUUCUUUGGUGAAGGCCAUUGGCCUUGAGCCUUCCGAAUACCUUCCCUAUUCCCUCAGGAGAGGGGGUGCCAUUGAAUUCUAUCAGCGCACUCAAAGCCUUGGUCGCACUAUGGUGCAGGGAAGAUGGAAGGACUCUCAAACAGCUCGUAUCUACAUCGACGAUGCGAGAGCCACAUUGGUGCGCCUUCUUUUGCCCCCGCCCACCACUGCCCGUCAGACUUCUUUGGCUUCUCUAUGGCGGGUGGCUACGCCAGCAGGCUGA